AUGGCGCUCUCCUUCAGGCCCUCAGCCUCAUCUACCCACCCACAAAAUGCCCUUACUUUCUCCCAGCCAUCGUCGUCUAAGAAUGGAUACUCUUUCAGGAACUCACAGCCGCCACCCAAACCUGCGCCAACCCUCGACUUGCCUGCCUUGCAAGAUGCCAGUCGCGUCCUCCAGGACCAAUUCGCGAAGGAUGCACGACUGGUGCCGGAUUUGGGGGAAUCUUUGACUGUCCCUGGGGCGACGUCUUCGUUCUCGUACAGUGUCUCCCCAGAUGACUCUCGGGUACAGUUCCAGAAACGGCGGUUCAUCGACAUUCCAGCGGAGUUAUGGACACAUUACACCAACUCUCACCAUAACACUCGAAUGGACAUCAUGCCGGAGCUCGAACGCGUAUGGAUAUCUAUUGACCAUAAGCUACUCCUGUGGGACUACGUGGAUGGGCAGACCAUGAGCACAUUUGAGGACCAGCCGGACGUCAUUCAGCAUGUUGCUUUGGUUAAAGCAAAGCCUGGAAUCUUCAUUGACGAAAUCAACUACCUGCUCGUGAUCUGCACUGCCGUAAGCGUCGUACUUCUCGGAGUGUCUUCUACCGACGUUCCUGGUACGAACAACCGCACACGGAAGGACAUUAGACUAUACGCCACGGAUUGGUCAAUAUCUGUCGACGUGGACAUGGGUUCCGUUGUUGGCACAGAGGAUGGUCGAAUAUUCAUGGCAGGCCAGCAGGAUGGCAACCUGUACGAGCUACAUUACCAGGAGAAGGAAGGCUGGUUCGGGAAGCGGAUCCAGCUCAUCAAUCACUCAGUAGCCGGCGUCCAGAGCUUUUUACCGCGUUUCUCUGGUCCUAAUCACGAGAAUCACAUUAUUGCGGUGGUGUCUGAUCCAUCACGCAAUCUCAUCUACACAAGGACGGCGAACAACAUCAUUUGCGUCUAUCAACCGCAAGGCGAGAAGACGGUCCAGCUUGUCCAGACUCUGCACAACUUGUACAGAGCAGCGUUAGACAAAGCGCCUGGCUCCCCAGCAAUCAAUUCAAAAGCCUUCAAGUUUGUAGGCCUUUACCCAGUCGACCAAAACGAAUCGCGCUCUGGCGUCUCACUCAUGGCCAUCACCGAAAAUGGAGUUCGACUUUACUUCUCACAAUCAGCCUCGCAAUUAGGCUACUACCCCAAUGCUGGUGCCGAUGGUGCACGGGGACAUCGACAACUAACGCUCAUUCAUGUGCGGCUCCCUCCACCGAAUCUUCUCCACCCGGACGAGCAGUCCAAUAGCUAUCGAUCCACAGCUCCUGGCUAUGGUGCUCAACGAAACCCGUCAGAGCCAGCAUCGCGGCCCUACGUUAUAACUCAUCUCGAAAACGUCCUGUAUUCAUCAGGAUUGACUAUCGCGGCCCAAGAAGGAGAUGCUGGUGACGGUAAAGAUUUCCUGCUUUGUGUAGCUCCCGAACUGCCGAAGAUGGGCACUUUUGGCCAGGUCAUGCCACAAUAUGUGAACACCCCUUACGGCGGUGGAGCUGGGCCACAGCGCCCACCUCUGGUCGAACGUGCGGCGUUGCUCACGAUACCCGGACGAACAUGGGCUCUGGCAGCCGUACCUCGACCUAAGACAGCGUACGCGGCGACAAUCGGCGCUCCAAACACCCCCACCCCUCCCAUGACCAACGAAGUGGCGUACCAGUUUUCGGAGCCACCACGCCAAUUCAUGGUCAUGACCAACGAGGGUAUGAGCAUCCUUGCCAAGCGGAGACCGCUGGACUGGUUGCGGGAUGCGGUGGAGGAGCUUCAAGCUGAUGGAAACAUGCAGGCUCUAGUCGAGUUCCGAGAUAGUUUCGGGCGUGACCAAAUGUGUGCGAUGCUUUUGGCCUUGGCUUGCGGCAAUACUUUCCUGGAUUUGGGAGAUCCUUCUCCCCUAGGGUCUGUUGCGACUCUGCCACCCGACCUCGCGAACGUGGCGAAGCAGGCGUUUUACGAUUUCGGUGAAAAGCCAAUGUGGACGGAGCGGAUGACUUAUGGUGCCAGCGACGGUUCAGGCACUGCACUAUUCAGCGGGCGUCGAGAAGGCCUUGCCAUCUACUUUUCACGACUAGUUCGACCAGUGUGGAAGACUAAGCUGACGCAACCAGGCCCACUCGGUCUUCAUGUCAGCAACAUUGACGAAGAGGUUCUGUGGAUGGUCCAGAAGAACAUGUACGCUUUGAAAGAUUUCCUCGAGAAAAACCCGCAUCUCUUCCACUCAGCAACUGGCGAUUACGCCGGAGCGCGUUCAGCACCGGCCGGGGACCAGGAAGCUUGGAAGGCGGAGCAGCAUUCCGUUGCCCAGCUGCAGUCACUUCUUUCCCGAACUAUCGAAGGAGCGGCGUUCUUCCUACUCCUUAAUGACCAUCGGAUAGGCGAGCUCAUAGCGCAGACCGAUCCAGAGACACAAAAGGUUAUCACCAACCUAACUUUCGAAGGCCUUAUCACAGGGAACGAAGGCGUUCUGGUCUCCAGAUCUCUCGUCAACGUCAUCAUCGAUCAACAGAUUGGGCAGCAAAUUGGGGUGGAUACCAUCAGCGAUGUUCUUCAAACCCGCUGUGGGUCGUUCUGUAGUACAGACGACGUUAUGUUAUACAAGGCGAAGGAGAACAUCCGGAGAGCUGUCGAAAGUAGCAACCCUACGGAGCGUCAGAACCACCUCAGCGAAUCACUCAGGUUAUUCAUGAAAGGGGCACGUAUACUGGAUUUUGACAAGCUCCGUGAGGUAAUUGGUGACUACCAAGAGCUAAAUUACGCCAAAGGCACCAUCGAGCUUCCUCUUCAUUGUGCGGACGCUUCAGAUCCCGAUCGACUCGGCCAGGAGUAUUGGCAGUUAUCGCCAGAGCUAUGUGUCGGUUAUGGCCUCGUUAUGCAGCCCGAAACAUCUGCUGCGAUCGCACUCGAAUCAGGUGGCGAUGCCGCUAGGAGAGAGGCCUGGCAGCGACGGGCACAGUGUUACGAUCUCGCCUUAGACUCGUUGGAGGUUUUCGAGAGAAAAACAACCGCCGGGAACGAGAGUGCUGAGCGGGUGCGGACCCACGCAUACGAAUUGGCCUUCGCGAGUUCGGAUGAGAUGUUCCAUGCUCGCUUGUAUGAGUGGUUGAUCCUUCGCGGACUUGCGGAUGAACUCUUAGAAAUGCGUCCCGCCUACCUGGAGGCCUUCCUUCAGCGAGAUCCUGCCACCGUAAAGAAGUAUCAGCUACUCUGGCAGUUCUACGUCAAGGACGGGCAACCACUUAGAGCCGCCGAAGUCCUCAGUGUUCUGGCUGAUUCGACACAGUUCCCUUUGCGUCUGGUAAACCGCCUAGAGUACCUCACGCUCGCUGUUGGUAACGCGAAAUCACACCCUAUCGCUGUCAACGGCAGACAUGAGUCAGCAAUCGCUUUCUUGACCGAACUUGAGGAAAAGCUAGAGGUCGCCCAGGUCCAAUUGGAGACGUACAAUGCCCUUCUUCAUCCCCGCACCACGGCUGCCGGACUCGAGAAGGACACCGCGGAGCAUCUCGAGUUAUUGGAUCGAACGCUUCUCGAUGUUUCCGAGCUAUACCAAGUGUAUGCAGAGCCCUAUGAUCUUCAUGAUAUCAAGCUCCUCAUCCUGCACGUCUCGCAACAUCGAGACGAGAAGAUGGUGGUUGACAUCUGGAACCGUAUAUUUGAUGCAUGUAUCAAACGGCACGAACUCGAUCCGGCACAAGUAGCAGAGGAGAUUCGGGGACAAGUGGAAACUUUGGGACAGCGUUUCUACCCUUCAGACUGCGCAUUCCCGUUCCGCCAUGUGACGAUCCUCCUCGUUGGGUACCAACUCGAGCACACGGACGUGAUACAGCCUGACUGGGUUCCCCGAACGCUCCUUCGAGCAGGUGUGCCCUUCGCCGAGAUUUGGGACAUUCUCCACCAGUUGCAUGACUCCCAUAUCCCUCCAUACCAUAGCUCUCAGGCGUGCGAGCUCCUCGAAGACGCCAUCAGCAUCCUCCUCCAGGACUGGCUCGACGCCGCGAAACGGUCCGCGGGCGAGUUCUUCCCUGUCGACCGCAUCGAUAGCGCGGUAAAUACGUACUUAACCGAGCUGCCAAAAGCUGCUCCGUCGAGGAUACGCGAGAGGUUCGAGAGUAUCAGGAGGGAUUUGCGGCGAAGCUGGUGAUUUAUAUCGGACUAUGUUUUUGUUUAUGUUUUUCUUGCGU